UAGUCCUAAAAGCAGAACUUUGGUGAGAGGGGUCUAUGAUUUACUGAAUUGGCCUCCACCAUGAGAAAUAGGGUAAAGCAAAUAUAGUAGUAGCAGCAGUAGAGGGUAGAGGAUGGAAUGAAGCAAGAAAACAAGAAAAGCAGAGUCAGGAUAGGAAAGCAUCCAGCCAGCCAGCGGGGCUGUCCUGAAAAUCCGUGCAAAAACUGACUUUAUUCUGAAAUAAGAGACUCCUCCACCUUCACGGAUUCAAUUCAGCCUGUCACGGAUUAGCUAUUGAAAUUCGCGAAGGCCCAGCAACCCUCCAAAUUCUCUAUUUCUAUCAUCAGAGUUCAGUCCAUCUCUUUGGAAUCCUCCAUCAUAUAGUACUAGUACAACCCUUUCCAACCAUGGCUAUGUGUUGUACGUACAAAAAAGCUGGAAUGCACUCUCCUCCUCAUCAUUUCUGAGUCCACAGAAUUAUUCAUGCAUUCACGGGUUCGACAUAAAUUUGCGCUAUAAAAUCUUAGGAUCAUCACAACUUAUCCCAAGACAAAACAUUCAGCAAGGAAAGAAAGAAAGAAAGAAUAAGGCGAUCCUUUAGGAACCCGAAGCCAUGGCUUCGCCAAAGGUUUCAGCUAUGUUCUUCAUCUGCAUGUUUUUCAUGCUGAUUGCAUUGCCACCUGCUUAUGCCUGGGAAGACUGCGACUGUCCACCUUCUCACCCGCCUUACACCCGCCCUAGUCCGCCUAAAACUCCGAGGCAGCCACACCCUCCCAAAAGGCCUCAUCCUCCAUCAACUCCGCGGCCACACCCUCCCAGAGCUCCUCCGCUCCGUCCACCACCUACCAGACCACCUCCAAAAGUUUUACCGCCCAUAAUUAACCCUCCAGUUGUUGUUCCACCUAUCAUUAGGCCUCCACCGAUAAUCUCACCGCCGAUCAACAACCCUCCCGGUAUUAUUCCACCUAUCAUUAAGCCUCCACCGAUAAUCUCACCGCCGAUCACGCACCCUCCGGGUAUCACUCCUCCUAUUAUAAGUCCUCCAAUAAUAAACCCUCCGGUGACUGUGCCACCGCCUCCCUCGGGAGGCGGCUACCCACCUUACACGCCUGCACCUCCUGGAGGAGGAGGUGGCGGUGGCGGAGGCGGAGGCGGAGGCGGAGGAAGAGGUGGUGGACCACCAGGUGUGUCCCCACCAGGCAAUGCUACUUGCCCUAUUAAUGCGCUGAAGCUAGGGCUUUGUUUGGAUGUGCUUGGUGGAUUAAUCCAUGUUGGGAUUGGGAAUCCCGUGGAGAACGUAUGUUGUCCGGUGCUUCAAGGGUUGCUUGAGCUAGAAGCAGCUAUUUGUCUGUGUACUACUAUCAGACUUAAGCUCCUUAACCUCAACAUUUUCCUUCCUCUGGCUCUUCAAGUCCUAAUAACUUGUGGGCUGACCCCACCCCCCGGUUUUGUAUGUCCUCCACUUCCUUAACUGAUUGUUGUGUUUUCUUGCUAAUAAGUCCUCUAUUUCCUAAUUAGUCUUUGUUGUUAUGUGUCUCUUUUUCUUUCUCUCUUUACUUCUCUUUUAAUAUUGGGCAAGAAGAUUUUGUGUUGUUUCUAUUUCUAUUAUCAUUCUAUGUAACUUGCUCGAGGAACCUCAUUGUCUGUUUUGGUGAUUUAAGAUUCCCUUCUGCAUUA